CUGCAUGCUCCCCUCUCUCUGCAUGCUCUCCUCUCCCUCUCCCUCUCUCUCGCUCUGUGCAUGUCAACCCCUCUGUGCUCCUGACACGGGCGGGCGGAGCUGCAGGAAGUGACGGGACAUGCCGGGAGGAGAAGUUGGGAGAAGUCUGGGCUGGGAGUGGGACAGUUUGAGAGCGGAGCCGGGGACAGCGGCUGGUCUGCGGGCGAGGGGAGGGGAGGUGGGAGGAGGAAUGACUCCGGGCUCCGCCAGGGCUUGCGGCGGGACAGUGGGACAGAGUUGCUGAAGCGGGAGGGAGAGCCGCGAUGCCCGCCGAGCUGCGGCCGGGCUGGGUGUGUGUCCGCCGCCGGCCGCUGCUGCUACUGCUACUGGCCGCAGUGUGGCUGGCCGGAGCUCCGCCCGCCGGGGCGCUGGUGGCCGGGCUCAGGGUCCGCGUCCGGCUGCCCGACGGACAGAUCGGCGAGGAGACGCUGGAAGCCGACACGGACACCGACUCCAUCAGCAUCGAGUUCAAGAAAAGCGACGGCAGCCUCAUCACCUUCAUCGCCGACCUGAGAAAGGAUGUGAAGAUUAUCCGUUCCUUGAUCUUGGGCGAGAUGGAACGCGGUCAAACACAGUUUCAGGGUCUGUGUUUCAUCACCAGGCUUCAUAAGAAUGAAAUUAUUCCAAGUGACUCCAUGGCAAAACUCCGACAGAAGAACCCGAGAGCCGUGCGAGUGGCAGAGGAGCAGCGAGGCCUCGAGCACUUGUACAUGGACGUGGCUGUGAAUUACAGCAGGGCCAGCCAGCUCAGCAUCCACGUACAUAAUGUGUGCGCCGAGGCCACUGACGGUAUCUAUGCAAGAGAGAGCGACGUGAAACACUGGAUGAAUUCAGGUGUCGAUGCUUCCAUCUUUGAAGCAAUCCACGUGUCAGAAGAUGUUCCUCGAUGUCGGACCAGCCGUGAGUGGUGGAAGGGCUGCAUCUGCCGCUACUCCUUGUGUGUGGAAUGGUACCCCUGCUUCCUGAAAUACUGUCGGACAAAGGAUGCCACUGGGAAAACCAGCACCUACAAGUGUGGAAUCAAAAGCUGCCAGAAAUGUUCCCAGUUUGACUUCUAUGUCCCGCAGAAACAGCUGUGUCUGUGGGACGAGGACACUUAACCGUCACCCACUCCUCUUGUUUGACUGGGAGGGGUUCGGGGUGACAGUGCUAAUGAUAGUCUACGCAUUCAUCUUGCCUGCCAAAUGGAGACUGGGAAUCUGUUUCAGAGCUCUCUGGCUGUGAUCAUUAAUGAGGGGAGGGGAUCGCUGGGAUGGGAGCGAGUCGGUGAGAAGUGGUGUGUUUGCAUUAGAGAUUUUUCAUCACGUGAAAAGGAGCCUAGGCCCCAGGCCCUCAACCGAGGCUGGGACUGGGAAUUGGUGGGGUUACUGUGGUUUGGGCCUUGCCUCUGCUACGAGGCCUUGUUCUGUGGUGAGUCCAUGUCCACGAUGGUGACAUCUGUACAUUUCAAGAGUGGUUUUUUUUUAGGGGUGCUUGAAGAAUCUUCAGAGACCCUGAAUGUGUAAAACAAGUUUCACUUAUGGUUUUUUGAAGGACUGUAGAUUUUGACAUUGAGCCAAGUUUCAAAAUUAGGAAUUCUUAUACAGAGAGCCUUUCCUCAAGAGGUUGCCUAGUUUACUUUGUGGGGAGUUUGAAUUAACUAAUGCUGUAUUUUAACUAAUCUCCCUGGUCUAGGUUGUUUCAAUGGUGAUCAUUUCAAUGCUGUUUUGUUAACCAGAGUGGAUCCUUGUUGAUUUGUAAGAAUGGCCAAAUCACUUGACCCUUUGGAUCAUAGAAACCAGCAAAUAGCUGCCCAGGCUAUAACACAAUUUUUACAUUUGAUAAGUGACAGAGGAGAUGGCUCAAUGGCUCAACAUUGGCAGAGUAGGGUACCAGACCACUUCAUCCUGGUGAUAAAAAGUGCCUCAGAUUAUUAGAUUAACUUUAACCAACACUCAAUAAGAUGUUUUACCCAUCCUCCAUGACGUAUGGCCAAUAGUUUAUUAGCUUGCAUAAGAUACAUAGAACCACCAUUCUUGAUGGCAAAAGCUCAUUCUUUGACCAGGCAUUGAAUCAAUAGUCAGGGGAGGUUGUUAACCACUAAAUUACUAGGUGCUAUUCAUGGGGAAGUUGUCUUACUCAUAUUAAAUUGUUCAUGAUGUGAUGCCAAAUCCUGUUUUUUUUUGUUUUUUUUUAAUCCAUUGAGAAUUAUCACAUGGGGUGUUAUCCAAUAUAGGAGCAGCCAGCAAUUUGUCCUAAUGUCAGAAGAUUGAUGCAGAUGACAGAUGUGUCUUCUUUUAAUCUGCCAGAGGAGGUCAGGCUAUCUCAUGCCCCCACCCAGGAGUUCCACUAAGUGUUUCGUUCUUCCUAAGUGACUAACAUAUUAUUCGGUUUGUAUGGCUCCUUUCUUCAACCAGCCUAUCUAUCUUGUAGCAUAGAUUCUAGGUCUGUAUUUUCACCAAAUACUUAAAUCACAACAAGCAAAAGUAAAGGAAACCAGAUUUCCAGCAGCCCCGGUUCUUUGCACCUAUCUUUAUUUGCCAAAUUCAACAAAAAGGCUCUUGAGUUCUGUUUAAAUAUUGUAAAUCUAUGUGUGUAGUCUCCGUCCUGUGGAACUUAGCCAAAAUGUCCUGAGAUUGAAAUAGGUCAUGUUUGCAGGUAUUACAAUCUCAAUCUAAUACAGUAUCUCCAAUAUCCAGAGUGCUUUCCA